CAAAAACAUGGCGGACGUGUCAACAGUGUCUUUUUCAGGAAGUUCUGCAGAAACUAUCGAGAAGGCAAAGGCUUUCUGGAAGUGUAUAGACCCUCCUCCGGAACAGAAGUCUACAUUAGCCGUCAGUGGAAUAAACCACCGCCUAAAAACAGCCCCUCAAGUUGGAGACGGCAAGAGAUUAGUUGGUAUCCAUCAGACACACACAACUUCCCUUGAAAUGGAAAAUGAUCCAAGACUCGCAACAUAUUUGGAGGAUGCCCAGAAAAGGAAAGAACAGGAACAAGCCGAUUAUGUGCAAAAAAUAACUUCAUUUAGAGAAGAAGCUCAACAAACACUGGCCAAAAGAAAGGUUGAGAGAUUAAAGAAAGAAGCAAUCUCACAUCAUCAGCCCAAAGAACAUGUCUUCAACAUCUCACACACUCAUUUCCCUGUGAUCGUCAACUUGUUACUUAUUGGAGAUAUCUGGCAACUUUGCGAUAGCUGUCGAGUGUGGGAUUAUUGUAAUUUUGGCUUCAUUUGCGGCCACAUCUUUCCCACCAUAGUCAGGGCGUUGUUUGGUGCGUCUUUCCGGUUGUGCGUGGCAUACUGGCAGAGAGAUUACUACGUGUGCAGCGCGGUAGAAUCCAAUGCAACUGAACGAGGAAAACAGUGGACCACAACGCAUUUAAAGCAUUAAAACGAACAGCGUAAGGUUCCAAAGGGAGAGUUUCAAACACGAAAGUGGCAGAGCCGACAUCUCACAUGCGCAAGAGCGCGAGGAAACAACAAAUUUAUCAGCAUUCAGUUAAUUUUAUAAUAUGUUCACCAUCUCAGCCAGCUGAGGUUUCCUUUUUCUGAGACUGUAGAAACUAGGAUGCGAAUACCACUUCUAACAUAUUGUCGUCGUGUUAACAAACCUUGGAAUCGUAGUUUAACCGGGGGGGCUUUUUGAA